UGCAAGCCCAGCGUGGUCCGCCUGUGCCCCACCAUGGAGGACCUGGAUGCCCUGCUCUCUGACCUGGAGACCACCACCUCACACAUGCCACGGUCAGGGGCUCCAAAAGAGCGACCCCCAGAGCCCCUCACGUCUCCCCUGCCCUAUGGCCACCAGCCACAGGUGGGGACUGGGGAGUCUUCCGGAGCCUCUGGGGACAAGGACCAUCUAUACAGCACGGUAUGCAAGCCUCAGUCCCCAAAGCCUGCGGCCCCUGCGGCUCCUCCAUUCUCCUCUUCCAGCGGUGUCCUGGGCACGGGACUGUGUGAGCUAGACCGGUUGCUUCAGGAACUUAAUGCUACUCAGUUCAACAUCACAGAUGAAAUAAUGUCUCAGUUCCCAUCUAGCAAGGAGACCGCGGGGGAGCAGAAGGAGGACCAGUCUGAGGACAAGAAAAGGCCCAGCCUACCUCCCAGCCCAUCCCCUGUUCUCCCAAAGCCUUCGGCCACCUCGGCCACCCUGGAGCUGGACAGACUGAUGGCCUCACUCUCUGACUUCCGAGUCCAGAACCAUCUUCCAGCUCCUGGGCCAACCCAGACACCGGUGCCAAGCUCCGUGAACAAGGGCUCCCCAUCCCCACCAGGGCCCGCAAGCAAGGGCAGCCUAGACACCAUGCUGGGGCUGCUGCAGUCCGACCUCAGCCGCCGUGGCAUUCCCACCCAGGCCAAGGGCCUCUGUGGCUCCUGCAACAAACCCAUCGCUGGGCAAGUGGUGACUGCGCUGGGGCGCGCUUGGCACCCUGAGCACUUCGUUUGUAGUGGCUGUUCCACCGCCCUGGGAGGCAGCAGCUUUUUCGAAAAGGAUGGAGCCCCCUUCUGCCCUGAGUGCUACUUCGAGCGCUUCUCCCCGCGAUGCGGCCUCUGCAAUCAACCCAUUCGACAUAAGAUGGUUACUGCCCUGGGCACCCACUGGCACCCGGAGCAUUUCUGCUGCGUCAGCUGCGGGGAGCCCUUCGGAGAGGAGGGUUUCCACGAGCGCGAGGGCCGCCCCUACUGCCGCCGGGACUUC